AUGUCUGAGACUCUCAAUUUGUCGUUGUUGAAAGGAACUCCUCAACAAAGAAAGGAUAUCUCUGCUGCACUUCUGCGCACCCUGAAAACCAAAGGAUGUGCCAAAUUAAAUAACCACGGCCUCCCUGAUGAUUUGAUUAAUGAAAUGUUUAAUCAUACACGUCAAUUCUUUGCGCUGCCCUUGGAAGACAAGAUGCUCGCAAAGCACCCUCUCGAGUCAACGCCCAAUCGCGGAUACAGUUUUGUGGGACAGGAGUCAGUUUCGAGUAUCAGUGGAUUCGAGAAGGGUUUGCCGCAAGGCAAAUUUGUCCGGGACAUCAAGGAAACAAUCGACAUCGGUUCUGCGAAUGAUGAACUCGUUGAUAACAUUUGGGUACCCGAAGACAAGCUACCAGGCUUCCGUCAGUUCAUGGAAGAUUUCUAUGACAGUUGCUUCAAGCUUGAGCUUGAGAUUCUAUCUGCCCUUGCGAUUGCUCUUGGAAUCUCUGAGUCUGAAAUGACCAUGCUCCAUAACAAAGCCGAGAACGAGUUCCGUCUACUUCACUAUCCCGCCAUUCCAGCAUCUGAACUAGCAGAUGGCACAGCAACUCGGAUUGCAGAGCAUACUGAUUUCGGAAGUAUCACUAUGCUUUUCCAAGAUUCCGUCGGAGGCCUGCAGGUGGAGAACCAGCAGAAUCUGGGUGUCUUCGAGGGGGUUGAAUCCCUUGAUAAGACUGAGAUUAUCUUGAAUAUCGGUGAUUCGUUCCAACGACUGACGAAUGAUACCUUUCGCGCUGCAUGCCAUCGGGUCACAUAUCCUCCAACUGUCAAGGUUGGCUCAGAUGAGGUCAUUCCAGAACGGUAUUCGAUUGCUUACUUCGCUAAGCCGAACCGCGCUGCAUCUUUGUUUCCUUUCAAGAAGUUCAUCACGCCUGCUACUCCGUGCCAUUAUGAAGAUAUCACGGCCUGGGAUUACAACAACCUCCGUAUCGCCAAGCUCUUUGGAUAG